CUCCGCUCGGCUCCCGGCAGCUUCUUCUCUCAGAACUCUCCUCCGCCUCCUCCGUCUCCUCCCGUGCCCUUCGCGGCUCCGAAAAGCCGAAGAGAAGUCCGGCCCCGCGCGAAGCAGAGUUGGGAAGCCCCCCCGGCGCCGCCGCCGCCGCCGCCGCCGCCAUGGUGAACGUGCCCAAGACCCGGCGCACCUACUGCAAGAAGUGCGGCAAGCACCAGCCGCACAAGGUCACGCAGUACAAGAAGGGCAAGGACUCUCUGUACGCGCAGGGCAAGCGGCGCUACGACCGCAAGCAGAGCGGCUACGGCGGCCAGACCAAGCCCAUUUUCCGCAAGAAGGCCAAGACCACGAAGAAGAUCGUGCUGCGGCUCGAGUGCGUGGAGCCCAACUGCAGGUCCAAGCGGAUGCUGGCCAUCAAGCGCUGCAAGCACUUCGAGCUGGGAGGAGACAAGAAGAGGAAGGGCCAAGUGAUCCAGUUCUGAGCCGCCGCGCCCUGGGCUCGCGGGAGAGAAACGAUUAAAACAUUGAAGCUCUAGCA